AUGAUCAAGACUCUUAAGGGAGAGCACCAUUGUGGCAGGGAUUACAGCAAUCGACAUGCCACUUCAACAUAUCUGAGUAAUAAAUUUCAAGCCAAAGUGAGGGAUGAUCCUGGGUCUACUGUUAAAAAUUCCAAUCCUGAUAGUCAUAUUUCAUUGCAAAUUGAUAGGCGAAAUGUUGAGGAAAGGGCUACAUUUCAGAGGAUAUAUUAUGGUUUAGGUGCUUUGAAAAAUGGUUUCUUAAAAGGAUGUAGACCUAUCAUAGGACUAGAUGGCUGCUUCCUCAAGAGUCCCUUUGGAAGUCAGCUGCUUACAGCCUUGGGUAGGGAUGCCAAUGAAAAUAUGUUCCCUAUUUCCUUGGCUGUUGUUGAGGUUGAGAAUUACGACAGUUGGAGUUGGUUUUUGCGGAAAUUAAUCAGCCAAAUUGGAAGAGGAAACAAAGGAAUGGCUUACACUUUCAUUUCGGAUAGGCAAAAAGGUCUUGUCCAUGCAAUUGAAGAAUUGUUUCCUGAAUCAGAGCACAGAUUCUGUUUGAAACAUAUGUUCGAGAACUUCAAACAAAGAUUCAAGAAUCAAGACCUUAGAGAUAUGUUUUGGGAAGUUGCUGCAGCAACAAGCAUGCCGGAGCAUGAAACUACCCUUUCAAAUCUUGAAAGGGCUGACCCACAAGAAGAUGACAAGCUAACAGCUGUGGGAUGGUUCAAACGGUUGCCUCCAAAAUUAUGGUCCAGAGCUCAUUUUAGUACAGCUUGUAGGAGUGACACUUGCGUUAACAACAUAAGUGAGUCAUGGAAUAAUUACAUUCUAAAAGCUAGAGGGGAGCCAAUAAUAACAAUGCUGGAGUGGAUUCAGAGGAGAUUAAUGCAAAGAUUGGUAACCAAACGAGAGGGCAUGGUGAAACAUGGUGGCACUUUAUGUCCAAACAUUUCUAAGAAGUUAGAGAAGCUUAAGAUAAAGGUAAGAAAUUGUGUUGCGGUUUAUGGAGGAAAUGGGAAUUUGGAAGUUGAUGGCUAUGGAAGGACAAAUGUUGUCAAUUUGGAGUUGAAAACUUGUACCUGUGGUCAUUUUCAGCUUAGUGGCAUUCCUUGCGUGCAUGCGGUUGCCUGCAUUCAGAGCAGAAAGUUGAAAUUUGAGGACUAUGUUGAUGCUUGUUACCAUAGGGAAGCAUAUUUACGGGCCUACAACUUCACAAUUGGUCUUGUUCCUUCGAGGCAGUUCUGGGUAGAUAGCAAAAUGCAAUAUAUGAACCCACCAUUGGUGAAAAAACAGCCUGGUAGGCCAAAAAAGCAGAGGAAGAAGGGUCCAGAAGAGCCUACAAAUCAGCAGAAAGCAAAUAGGAAAGGUCUUGCAGUUUACUGUCGGAGGUGUUUGAAAUCUGGACAUAACAUACGAACUUGCAAAUCAGCGAUCGACCCUCAGUCUAAACUUUAUAAAACACCUAAAGUUGGUCCAACAGUUUCAAAUGCAACAUCCGUAGCUUCUGCAACUCAGGCUAGCGUCUCAAGUACUACUGCUACUACACUUUCACAGUCCUUUGCCAUUAUAUUAUACUUCAGUUGUGCUCCAUCCAGCUUCCUGUCCCAUCAGUAA